AUGGAUGGUACAUAUAAAACAGACAAGUAUAACCUUCAUUUUCUGGAAAUUGUUGGUGUCACUUCUAUAAACAAGACAUUUUCCAUAGCCUUUGCAUUCAUGCAUAAUGAAAAAACGAGCAACUAUAUAUGGGCAUUGACUUGUUUGAAAUUGACAAUUAACGAUUCUUUUUGCCCUCGUGUUAUCGUCACUGACAGAGAUGCUUUUCCACAAAGUAAUCAUUUACUUUGUAGGUGGCAUAUAUUCAACGAUAUAACAAAACAUUGCAGACAACGAAUCAAACCACAAAAGACUUGGAAUUCUUUUCAUCUAAAGUGGAAGAAAUUAGUCGAAUCUCCGACACUAAAUGAAUACAUGCAAAAUUAUGCAGACCUUCAAACAUUAUUGUUCGAGUAUGCAGAUGUUUUAGAUUAUCUUUAUACUGUUUGGUUGGGGAAGUAUGCUGAAAGAUUUGUAUCGUUGUGGACUGACAAGCAUGUCAAUUUUGGAAAUUCAACAACAAAUAGAGUCGAGAGCCUACACGCCAAGCUCAAAAAACACUUGGAAUCUGCGAAAUGUUUAAGGAUUGGAUAUUCGAAGUACUGCGAAAACAUGUUUCAGUGCAUGCUAUGGAUAAAAACUUGGAAGAGCUUCAUCGAUCAAAAAGAUUUGUACCAACUCUUGAGAAUUGUGGAUGUCAAUUGCGGACAUGUUUUGGAUUACAAUGUGCUCACGAACUUAGGAUGUUCACCUAUUCCGUUAGAUUCGAUUGAUGGUUUUUGGAGGAAGCUUGAUUUGAAGCCUUCUAUAUCUGUGGAAUAUGGUGAUCUUAAUGUUGAUUAUCAUAUGCAAAGGUUUAAAGAAAUAUACAACAAUAAACCAGAUCAUAUCAAGAGCUCAUCAUUCAUGGACUUGAAUGAUGAUCCAGACAGGCAUAGUUCAAUCUUCAUGGGUUCGUACGAGGAACCAAUAAGUCAAUGCUUAUACAACAUAAACUUAAACGAGGAACCAAUAGCCGUUUGUCUUGGAUAUGGUGAAGAUCAGUUACUUUACAUUCACCAACAAUUGUUAGACGAGUUAUUGAGUUCAUAUGACGACUAUGUAAGAGUUUUCAUUGGAUGCAAUGAAGAGUUUACUUCAUUGUCUUUCUUUAUGAAGACUAAGUCAGCACCAACAAAACAUUAG